AUGCCGGUCACCAACUUCGCCUACAAAGACCCCUACUCGUAUCAGAAUGGAUUCGAUUCCUAUCAUGAGUCUGAAGCUAUUGAGGGAGCUCUCCCCAUAGGCCACAAUUCUCCCCAGAAAGCACCUUACGGCCUCUACGCAGAAAAGCUAUCCGGAACUGCCUUCACUGCCCCGCGGCGCGAGAACAGACAAACCUGGGUUUAUCGUAUCCUUCCCGCCGCGGCACACGAGAACUUUGCCGAAGAGGAAGCAAGUUCCUACCACACACUCACAGACGCAAAAAAGCUCCACCACAUUCCCAAUCAGCUUCGUUGGAACCCAUUCGAUCUGGACGAAACCGUCGACUGGGUUCAUGGAUUGCACCUCGUAGCUGGGUCUGGGGACCCCACAGUAAAACAGGGUCUGGGAAUUCUGCUGUAUGCAGCGGGUAAGAGCAUGGAGAAUGAAGCCUUUUAUUCCGCGGAUGGAGACUUCCUUAUCGUCGCCCAACAUGGUGUGCUGGAUAUUCAAACCGAGCUUGGUCGCUUGGUGGUUCGUCCGAAUGAGAUAUGUGUAAUCCCUCGUGGAGUUAGAUACCGUGUCACACUACCCGAUGGCCCCGUGAGAGGUUACAUCUGCGAACUUUACCAGGGUCACUAUGAACUCCCCGAGCUGGGACCCAUUGGAUCCAACGGUCUUGCCAACGCCAGAGAUUUCCAAGCACCAGUGGCCUCCUUUGAGGACGAAGAAGGGCCAUCGGAAUACCGACUAUACAGCAAGUUCAACAACCACCUCUACUCUGCUCGUCAGGACCACACACCGUUCGACAUCGUCGCCUGGCACGGCAACUACUACCCAUAUAAAUACGACCUGGGCCGCUUCAACACCAUCGGCUCCGUUUCAUUCGACCACCCCGAUCCCUCAAUUUACACUGUGCUCACAGGGCCUUCUGACCACGUGGGCACGGCCAUUGCAGACUUUGUAAUUUUCCCACCCCGAUGGCUGGUCGCAGAGAAAACCUUCCGUCCGCCGUGGUAUCACCGUAACACCAUGUCUGAGUUUAUGGGUCUGAUUACCGGGAAUUAUGAUGCAAAGACCGGAGGUGGCUUUCAACCGGCUGGUGCAAGCUUGCACAAUAUAAUGAGUGCUCAUGGACCAGACUCGGAUGCCUUCGAGGGAGCAAGCAAUGCCGAACUGAAGCCAGCGAAGGUUGGAGAUGGAAGCAUGGCUUUCAUGUUUGAAAGUUCUCUCAUGGUUGGGGUAUCAGAAUGGGGUCUGAAGACCUGCCAGAAGGUGCAAGAGGAGUAUAACGAACACAGCUGGCGUCCACUGAAGAGACACUUCAAGGACCCCAGGAAGGCAUAA